AUGGGAGCAGGCGGAAAGAGUAGUAAAAACCGGGGCUGGAGGAAUUCAGGAGAGGGGCUGGCCGGAUUCAAGGAGGUGGAGGUGGCAGUGGUAUGUGGUUCUUGCAUUGCAGGAGCUACCUAUAUUCCCAGCAUAGCAGAUGAAUCAAUAAUAAUAGACAAAAUUGGCUCCAUGUUUAUUGCUGGACCUCCUCUGGUAAAAGCUGCUACAGGAGAAAACAUUUCUGUGGAAGAACUAGGAGGAGCCACUCUCCAUUCUCGAGUCAGUGGUGGAGUUGAUUAUAUUACAUCUACUGAGGAAGAAGCCUAUGAACGGACUAGGCAUAUUGUGAUGACCCUUACAUGUGGUCAGCCCUCCAAAGAGCCUGUGGCAUACGAUGACCCCUUGUACAGCCCAGAAGAGCUGAAGGCACUGGCCCCACAGAAUUAUGAAUGUAGCCUAGAUGUGAAACUGAUUCUGAGCCGUUUGAUCGAUGGGAGUCGAUUCCAGGAAUUCAAAGCUGAAUAUGGAACAACUCUGGUAACAGGGUUUGCUCACGUGAAAGGGCAUCUCAUCGGCCUUGUGGCCAGCAAUGGGGAGUUAAGCCAUCAGGCCGCCCUCAAGGGCAGCCACUUUGUCAGCCUGUGCACUCAGCGGCACAUCCCCAUUCUGUUCCUCCUGAACACCAUCCCGCAAGCAUCUCCCUGCACGAGCCUGACCCAGGCAGAGGAUCUUGGCAGGAGAUUCAAAGCCCAGGCCUGUAUGAUGGCUACCAUUGCUUGUGCAGAAGUCCCCAAGAUAACACUGGUUAUCGGUGGCAAUUUUGGAAAUGACAGCUAUGCCAUGUGUGGGAGAUCAUUCGACCCUAAUUUCUUGUUCCUGUGGCCCAAUGCAAGAGUUUCCUGCAAUGCCCCCGGAGGCAAGAAAAAGCUUCAAUAUUUGGAUACAGACGCCAACCUUCCUGCUCUCUCCAUCAGGCUGGAGGCGGAAAGCACAGCGUUUUACUCCUCAGCCAGACUGUGGGACGACGGCGUGAUCCUGCCCCAGAAUUCCAGAGAGGUGAUUGCCAAGUGCUUAGAGAUCAUCAAGCAGAAGGACCCCCAGAUGUCCACCCGCCAGCAGCAGCCCAUCCUCCGAUUCUAAUCAGGAGUGACUGCUGGGAGCAUGAAAUGGUGGUUUCGAGGGAUUUGGGUCUUUUAGCAUUGAGAGACGGGAUGGAUGUUAAUUGACUGAAACUUUGAACACGUUGAGCAAAACUCGGACUCGGAGACUCGGACGGAGAAAACGGAGCCGUGAGCCGUCCGGCGCCUGUUUCCCCUCUUUAGUCACGAGUGUAGACAUACUUCGGGUUUCCCAGCACAGGAAGACUAUCUCAGGGGAAAAGCGUCCUGAGGAGCUGGGUGCGAGUCCUGCCUGUUCCUUAUGAGCUGGGUGUCCUUGAUGAGUCCUUCAGCUUUUCAGGCUUCUCUCCCAUCCUCUGUGUGAUGGCAGACGGGCCAGCGAGCCCUUCAAGCAAGCCCAGCAUAGCUGGAAACGGGUGACGGAGAGCCUCCUCUCUCCGUGACUGGGGCCCGAGAAGGGCUCCUCUCCUUCCUACAGCCGGCUGACUGUAAUGGAAGCACGAGCUGAGCGUGUCUACAGAGGCCGGGACAGGAAGUGGAGGCGGCGUCUCUCGCCGGGUGUCCCCCCCAGAGGGGAGGCGGCAGCAGGGGGACGGCGCCGUCUCCGGCCCGUCACCCGCCCGCUUCUCUCCCUACUGCGCUCACGGCUGCCUCUGUUUCCCCGCCGUGACUCUCCUCUCCAGAUCUUAGACGAAUGAAUACCAGCGAGAGAAGAGCACCGGCCAUGACUGGGGAGCUCCGAAAGCUUGGAGGAGGCCCCAGAGUCCCCCUCCAUGGCCGGGUCGCCCAGGAGCUGCUGCUGCUGAGCCCGGAGGCCGGGCAGUCAAUGGGCUCAGAGCUGAGGCACCCCGUAUGAAGGCUGCCCGGAGGCUGGAGCGAUGGAGCCGCCUCCGCUGGAUGCAGCCAGUUCAGAAACGCCUUUUGCUCGGUUCUUGUUCGGAGGUUCUUUUCUCUCCUUUUGUCUUCAGGCACGAGGAGGUGGGAAGGAGGGAGGGCCAGCUGUGGUUCCCUGAAAAGGACCAAAAUGGAAGCCCAAAGAGCAGGCGCCCCCCAAGCGGAGGGACCCUCGGGAUUGGCUCCGCGGCCACCACAAGGGACUGGACGGCCACCCUUUGGGGAGUCAGGGAGGCCGAGCAGCCGGGCUGCCCCUUGUCGGACUUGUUCUCGUUUUGCCUCGUCGGCUCAGGAAAUGUUCCUUCGUAAAGACGGGCCGACGACCCUCCCUGUGCUGGUUGUUGCUCCGUUUUUUCACCAAUGUCUGACUCUGCGACCUACUUAGAGUUUUCCUUCCUUGUUUUUUCAAACCUUUACUUUCUGUCCUGGAACAAUUAAAAAAAAAAAAAGUAAAC